UCUUCUAUAGCAUGCCGUUUAAUAACCACCUAUCUUUCACAAGGUUCGUAAAUAGAUGUGAGAGAAAUUUAGAAACCGAAUCUAUGGUUGAAUUAUUCAAAUGCCAUGGAAUAUUUGAUCGAAGAUAGUGCAACAAAACGUAAAGGCAUUUCCACAACAGCUAAAAUUUGUAUAGCGGCUACUGGUGGAAUUGCUGUUGGACUGAGUGUUAUUUGUGCGUCCUUUGUAGCGCCUGCUUUUCGACGAAUAUGCCUUCCUUACGUACCCGCCACCAACGAGCAGGUUAGAAAUGUGCUCAGCUUCUUACCUAAGAACUCGCGAAGCAAGUUAUUGGACAUAGGAUCCGGUGAUGGCCGAAUUGUUAUAGCUGCCGCUGAAAAUGGACUACUUGCCGACGGAGUUGAAUUGAAUCCUUGGCUAGUUUGGUAUUCCCGCCUGUCAGCUCUACGGCAAGGUGUGCAGGGACAAACGAAAUUCUUUAGGCGAGAUCUGUGGAAAUACAGCGUAGCGCCGUAUGAUUAUGUAGUUAUAUUCGGGGUGGAACAGAUGAUGAAAGACUUAGAAAAUAAGCUAAUUGCGGAGGCACAGAGUAAUUCAAAAAUUAUUGCGUGCCGCUUUCCACUUCCGAAUUUGCAACCACAGCGUGUUACUGGAGAUGGCGUUGAUACCGUUUGGUUUUACGAUUUAGAUAAGGCCAAACCAAAGAGCAGUGAGACGACAAACUAGAAAAAUAAAAAAAUUUACACUCUUCGACAAAAAAAAUACCACUGUUUAAUUUUAUCAAGUUUUUAUUCGCUGGCUGUGUAUUUUUGAUAUACUGCUGCAGGUGGACACAAGCUGAACACGAGAAAUAAGACAGCAAAUUACUGAUAACUGCUUACAUACAUAUGUACAUAAAAAGUGCAUACAUUUUUACAAUACAUAUUUUAUUAUUCGAAUGGAGUAAGAAGUCAGUCAGAGAGCAAA